AUCGCUGUGUUGAUCAGCAUUGGGUUUGUCGGCUGCUGGGCGCCGUAUGGCAUCAUCAGCCUGUGGUCCGUCUACCGGCCCAGUGACUCAAUCCCUCCUGAGGUCAGCAUGCUACCUUGUCUGUUCGCCAAGUCGUCCACUGUAUACAACCCGUUCAUCUACUAUAUCUUUAGCAAGUCCUUUAAACAAGAAGUCAACCAGUUGGGCCGCCUCUGCAGGAGAUCCAACAUCUGCCGUGCUUCUGAUGCCAAAAACGGUCCGGAGAAUACCAUCUACCUGGUGUGUGACAUGAGCAAGUCCAAAUCUGGAGCAGAGGAACAAACAAUCGAGAACAACAGGGAGAAUGAGACUCAGCUGAUGCCGAAUCAGUAG